AUGUCCGCCAUCCAGGCCAUCCACAUCCGCGGCUACGAGGAGCGCACCAACCCCAAGGCCCACGUCGUCUACCGCAUCGAGAUCCAGGCCUCCGUCCGCUCCUGGCAGAUGUGGAGGCGCUACUCCGAGUUCGCCGACCUCCACGUCGAGCUCACCAAGUCCACCGGCGCCCCGCCACCCGCCGAGCUCCCGCCCAAGCGUGCCCUCUCACUAUUCAAGACCCGCAACACCGCCAUGCUCGAGGAGCGCCGCGCCGGCCUCGAGAUAUACCUCCGCGCGAUCCUCAGCGCGAGGGACGACCGCUGGCGCGAGAGCUUUGCCUUCCGCGACUUCCUCGGCGUGCCCGUCGGCCGCCAGAACGGUGCAGACGGUGCCGCACCCUCGCAGUUCACGUCCUCGUCGUGGCUGGACGAGCACCAGGACCUGCUCGCCCGCGUGCGCGACGUCCGCGCGGACAUCAACAAGCGCGACGCGCUCUCAGAUCGGGGCGACAUCUCCGCCUCGCAUCAGUCGAACGUGCAGGCGAAGAAGAAGCUCGCGGGGGUUUUGACGAGGGUCGGCGUACUCGAGGACGGGCUGCGGUCGCUGGGCUUGAGUGGGAUGAGCGAGGGCGAGCUGCAGCGGCGGACAGACAUGGUUGCACGGCUACGAGACGACUGUGAGAAGCUCGCGAAGAUGGUGACGGUUGCACGGAUGACUUCGCGCGGGAUUGGCUCUGCUGCAGAGCGAAAUCCUGCAGCGCCAUCGGAUCGUGCAGCACUAUUGGAGACAACAUCGUCUUCAGGCUUCAACAAGCCUGCGACACGAGUUUUCGGAGCGGCGGCACGCCCGCAGGAGACGGAGCAAACCCGUCCAUUAGACGAUCAUGGUCUGAUGCAGCUGGGGCAGACACAGAUGGAGCAGCAGGACCAGCAACUAGCACAGCUCUCAACAAUAUUGCAGCGGCAGAAACACUUGGGACUGGCAAUAGGCAGCGAGAUCGCGGAGCAGAAUGAGUUACUUGACGAUCUGACAUCUGACGUCGAUCGAGUGGGGAACAAACUCACUUCGGCGAAGAAGCAGCUAAACAGAUUAGGAUGA